UCCCUCCCCCUCUCCCCCCCCGGAUCCUCACGGUUGCUCUCGUCACCUCGAGAGCACCACGGCUACAUUUAUGGGGGCGUCGUGCGCGGUCAAGGGCAGCAAGAGCCACCCCUGUCACUGCUGCAGCCACCUCGCCAGUCCCGGCGCGAGCGUGCAACAGCAGCAGCAUCACCACCACCGCCAUCACCACCAUCAUCACGAGACGCACCACGCGCACCACCAGCACCAUCAUCACCACCACCCCGCCGGGAAGCAACCCUCCGCCGAGUUGCAGCCGCAGAACAACAACGGGGAUUGCAACAUACUGGCACCGCUGCGCAGCAAGAUGAAGGUGUUGAAGAAACUGAAGCGCAAGAUGGGCCUAGCACCAAGAUCAUCCAGUGCAGGCACUAACAAUCUGCCACCACUGACGUUCCAUCAAGUUCAUGGUGAGAACAUCAGACUCUGCAAUGGCGGGACUAUUGCCAGAAGAUACGAAAGUUUUUGCAGAGGCAUCACAUUCAGCGCACGUGCAGUGCGGGUCGGAGAAAAGGUCUGCGUCAAAUUCCUCGAGAUCUCGGACAAUUGGAGCGGCGUGACGUUCGGUUUCACCAGCAACGACCCGAUCAACCUGAGAAAUGGGCUUCCGAGGUACGCCUGCCCAGACCUAACCAACAAACCCGGUUACUGGGCGAAGGCCAUGGCCGAGAGAUUCGCCGAAAGGGACACGGUGCUCUUCUAUUACGUCACGUCCGCGGGAGACGUGCACUUCGGCAUAAAUGGCGAGGAAAAGGGCGUGUUCUUCAGCGGUGUCGAGACACGGGGCCCAUUGUGGGCCAUCAUCGACGUGUACGGCAACAGCACGGCGAUCGAGUUCGUCGAUCCUAACAGGCAACACUUCAAUAACAUCAGAAGAGGGACCGAGCACAGCAACGAGGACAACGCGCAGCACAGCAGGCACUCGGCCAUGGACGACGCGAGCAACGCGAGCAGAGACGUCGAGAGGAUUAUAGUUCCGUCCAUGCAGGGCAUGUCGAUCCAUCACGAGCCCGACGUCGAGCUGCCUGGACUCAGGUUUCAGCCUCCCGGUGUCAUCUUCACGCCGUUACCCUUCCACUCAACUCGAGGCAGAAACACGUUCAGUAACCAACAAUGCGUGGCGACAAGGACCGACACGGAAUUCUGCCAUGGCUAUGCGUUCACAAGCCAACCACUGCUACUAGGCGAACGAUUGGUCGUUCAGAUCCUAGCCACGGAACCGAUGUACGUUGGCGCCCUCGCUCUAGGCCUGACAUCCUGCGAUCCGGCCCGACUCACUCCAGAGGACCUGCCGGACGACAGCGACCUCCUAUUGGAUCGUCCAGAGUAUUGGGUAGUCUCCAAACAUGUGGCGUCGAGUCCCCAACCCGGUGACGAAAUAGCCUUCACAGUGACUCACUUUGGAGAGGUGCAAAUGAGCAAAAAUGGCGGGCCACCGAACGUAGUGAUGCACGUGGACCAAAGUCUUCAAUUGUGGGCAUUCUUCGACGUAUACGGCAGCACGCAACAAGUCAGGAUGCUUGCCGAGAGGCCUACGUCACCACCUAGACAGCGCCAAAGCAAUCCUUCGCCGGCGACGGUGUUGCAACAGCAACAGCAGCAGCAACAACAGCAGCAGCAACACUGCAAUCACAGUAACGCGGCCACAGAACUGUCCAGAUUCUCGGAAAUGGUUCAGUUUAAACCAGCCAUAGGCGGAGGCACGGUGCUCGUGGUGAACCUUCCGCCUCAAACAGGCUACGUCACGCCGUCCUCGUCUACUCCUCAACCUACUUACGCCUCUGCCGGACACAGAAACCAGCACGUUCAUCUUCCAGCAACAGCUGCCACCGCAUCCACGGCGUCAACGUUGCAUCCUGGAUCAUCCAGACAGUCCUCGCCACCUCUGACAGGCACUAUGGCCAGUACAGGAUCCUCCACUUACGUGGAGCCAGUGAAUUACCAGAGCCUGGACGGUACCCUCAUCUCUCAGGCGUCCUCCCAUCUGCAACAAUGGAGCGAGGGCCUCCAACCUACGCCUGGGCAGCCCAACGAAUGUUCAGUUUGCUAUGAAAGAAGCAUCGACAGUGUGCUGUACAUGUGCGGCCACAUGUGUAUGUGCUAUCCUUGCGCCACCCAACAGUGGCGCGGCAAAGGUGGCGGACAUUGCCCGCUUUGUCGAGCGACCAUCAGGGACGUGAUCCGAAUCUACAGAUCCUGAACGAUGGCGCAGCCAGUCCGCGAAAGGAACGGUUCCAGGGAUUGAUGCCUGGCCAACUCGCGUUAACUCGUCCUCUCGAAACAAGCAAACGCCGUUUUCAUCGUACAAUUCAUCGUACGCAAUCGUUUUGGUGUUCUCGUCUCGUGGAGAAACUAUGCUUAGGAUAAAUAAUAUCUUCGAUAAAGGGACUUGCGUAGAAGCGUCCAAUUAUUCUUCUGCUAAUUCUUCCGCAGAUUUGGUCCUAUGUUGAUGAGUAGUUUGAUUGUUACGAGAUUCUCAGGAUCUUAGAACUUUAGCAAACAAUGGGAAAAAAAAAAAAAAAUGUAGAAAUGAUGGAAGGAAGUGAUUUAAAAUACGUUUGUUACUAUCGAAUUGAUAUAUAAGACGAGAACAUAUGGAAUAUCUUUGUUGGAUCGUGAAGACGGGAAAGAUUCUGGUUCGUCGACGGUUUUGCUAUCCUCGUAAUGUCAAUGAGAUUUAUAUUGCUGAACUAUAUACAGGGUGUUCGCACGGAGUGGAUGGAAAAUUUAAAGGGUUCUAAACGCUGAAACAAAAAUGAAAAUUGAUAUGCAAAAAUAUCAAUUGAGGCUUAUUUAUUAAAGAACGAGCAAUUUAAUUGUUCACAAUUUAAUUGGAUUGCUCUUAAUGCUCUAAAUGAAGCGAAACGAUUCUAUCUUUGUUUCGCUUCAUUUAGUGAAAAAUUAUAUUUCUUGUAACUUAAAAAAUUAAAGAAAGUUUCAACCGAGAUCUUUGCAUAUCAAAUUUCAUUUUAUUUAUAUUUUGGUUUUUAGUAUUGCCUCUUAAAUCUUUUAUUUACUUUGUCCGCACACCGGUAUACCAGUUUCAAACGAGAGACAUAAAGAUUCUGUGUACGCGUGUAUGCCUUCGAGCUUGACAGAGAAUAAAGGAAAUGAGUGAACGUAUGAAAGAUAGAAAAAAAACGAAUGAGUGAGGAGGUUCAGAAAGAAAGAAAGAAAGAAAGAACGAAAGAGAGUAACAUUAAUCUUAGAUAUUUUCACAAUCGAUAUUAUAUAUAUAAUAUUAUCGCUACCGUUAUUAUCAUUACAACUUACUGCUGUUACUAUUCUCAGCCUUUAGUUAUUAUUUUCAUUUGUAUGAUUAAUAAUAUUGUAUUUCAUGAUUCAACAACGACAACAGUCGUAAGUUAUUCUUAUAAAUAAGGAUAGCUAUUUCGGCGAGUACCAUUAUUUUUUAUCGCUGCAGGCGAAUAAAUCAUCGUAUCGACGAAAGUAUCGCCAUUUGUAUCCAACUUUUAGUCGAGAUCGAUAUCGUAGCGUGACUUUUAUUUAAUGAUUAAAAAAAAAAAAAAUACGCCUCGUGUGAUUGAUAAAGCAGGCGCCUAGGGCGUGCGUAGGUUAGAUUUAUGUUGCUUUUAUACCCCUGUCCGGGUUUUAUGUUAUUCAUUUUCCUCCUUCGUCUUUUAAUUUGCUCUCGCAGAGUUGGAACGACCGCGUCAUAAUCGUGUCCUCGAGCUUGCGAAAAAAGACGCGCGAGCGCGUGUCCUUUCCUCGUUUGUUACUUUCGACAAUAACGCUUGGAUAUGUAUGUGUAACUUUGACAUUAUUAGCGGUUCGAACGGUACCAUAACUGUGGUGGCGUGUGUAUAAUCGACUGCUAUUACCGCUAUUACGUCGUACGUAUUACCAAAGAAACAACGCGACAUGAUUCCUCCCCGCCCUGUGUACGUUUUCAACAAACUCGUACGCAGCCUCCUCCAUGCAACCAGCCUUAAAAGGACGAUGGUUUUUGAUACGUUUUAGAAUUUAGCGUUACCGUUUUUCUACCAAGUUCGCGCGCCUCCAAUGCUACACAAAAAAUGAACGUAGACUCGUUUCUGACAGUUACAAUGCGCAGAUCGUAAUAAGAUGUUCAAAAUUUAUAUUUGGACUAUGACACUGACGCAUUACGUCUAAUCGUGGAGAUUGAGGUUUUCGAAUGUAAAUUAUGUUUUUUUGGAAAAGAAUUUUUGAUAUUUUGAAAAACAUUAAAAAGUAUAAAAAUAUAACUCCAAAUAUUGCAUUUGAAACAAACUUUAUUAUCUUAUAUUUAUUAAAAUUUUAAUACUGAAGUUUAAUCGAAAUUGGAUUAAUUGUAUUAUAUACAUGUAGUAUUGAAGAUUUCCGAAAAGAUAUAGUUCAGGUUCGAAAACUUCGAGUGUUAAAAAAUCGAGGCAACAAAAAAAGCCUAAAAUUGUUCAUAUAGUAUUAAUUAUGGAAGCGGUCCAACGAGACGUUACACAUAUCUUUAACUGCAAACCUCCGCGUUAUAUUCCUAACUUUAUUGAAACGACAAAAGUACAAGCAAAGUUACUAUACAUUAGAUUGCGUAGCGUUUUAAGAAUCAAUGUUUAGAGGCUUUUAUCAGUGUUGACGACUAAAAGGAAAUUAUUUGAGAAGCUCAAUAGUCAAGCAGACGUUAGUUUAUCGAACUUUUAUAUCCUCCAUACCUAAAAAUAAUCUUAUAAUCCAACGCUAUAAUAGAACAAUUAAGUUUCUAUGAUUCUUUUGAUUAUGAUGAACCUAACCUCUCUCGGCAAUUGAGUUUCUCACUUGUUAUGGACUAAAAAUAAUUUAUAGAAUUUUGUAGCGUCUCGUACGAUCAUUUUAUUACUAUUUAAUGUCUUGAAUAUGAUAUGUUUUGCGAUUGUAAUUUGUCUGGACGAGUAAUCACUGCCCCACGAGUUUGCAUUAUUUUGAUGAGGGCAAAAUAUUGAUUGGUCGUGAAAUGAUAACAAUAAUCUCAUUGCACGGUCAGUUGCAUAUCACAGAGGAUCAUCCUCCACAUGUGAGAUCGCUUUAUUUUCGUACAGUUAACGAGACUCGCCAAAAGCGGCGAUGUUUCUCUCUUCCACCCGGCUAUCAGACGCAAAAAAAAAAAAGA